CUCCAACCAACAGGCUCUUUCCGCAGCUUUCCAUUCCCACACUCUUUUCCGCUUUUCAGCACUUUUUCUUUCAUUUGCACUAUUCACUCACUUCAUUGAUUGAAGUUGACAAUCUUUACGACUUGAAGUCAUCCACUCAUUCCACGAAACGAAACCAACCCGAACCACUCAAACUCAACCCCAAACUUUUGGAAAAGUCUAUCCGCAAAAAUGCCUUCCUUCAGGAACUCCGUUGUCCUUUCCGCCCUUGCUGGCGCCGCCUCCGUCAUGGCCCACGGCCACGUCAACUACUUCAACGACGGCGCCGAGAAGUUCGAGGGCUACGACGUCACCAAGCUCCCCUACCAGAACCCUGCCCCCGAUGUCUACGGCUGGGCUAACGGCGCCACCGACAACGGCUUCGUCGCCCCCUCCGCCUACACUGGUGCCGACAUCAUCUGCCACCGCGACUCCAAGAACGCUGCCUUGACCGCCAAGGUUGCCGCUGGUGACAAGCUCCAGAUCUUCUGGGACACCUGGCCCGAGUCCCACAAGGGCCCCGUCAUCGACUACCUCGCCUCGUGCGGUGACGACUGCUCCACCGUCGACAAGACCUCGCUCGAGUUCUUCAAGAUCCAGGAGGCUGGUCUCACCAGCGGCAGCUGGGCUUCCGACGAGCUCAUCGCCAAGAACUUCUCCUGGGAGGUCACCAUCCCCACCUCCCUGAAGCCCGGCAAGUACGUCUGGCGCCACGAGAUCAUUGCUCUCCACUCGGCUGGUCAGCAGGACGGCGCUCAGAACUACCCCCAGUGCCUCAACAUCGAGGUUACCGGCUCCGGCUCUGAGCUCCCCGCCGGUACCAAGGGUACUUCCCUCUACACCCCUACCGACGCCGGUAUCCUCGUCUCCAUCUACAACAACCUGGAGUCUUACGAGAUCCCCGGCCCCAAGCUCCCCGCUGCCUUCGGCGGCUCCGGCUCCGGCUCUGGUUCCGGCUCCGGCUCCGGCGCCGCCUCUUCCGCCGCCCCGGCUGCCACCUCCACGGCUGCUCCCGUUGCCUCUGCCCCUGCCGCCACCUCUGCUGCUGCCGUUGCCACCACCACUGCUGCCGCUGAGGCUGCCGCCACCUCCGCCCCUGCCUCUGCCCAGCAGCCCGCCCCUACUGGUGGUGCCACCGCGCCCACCUGCGAGGAGAAGCGCCGCCGCCGUCUGGCUCGCCGCAUGGCUCGCCAGCACGCCCGCGACGUUGUCCGCCGCGUCUAAAUCACGCGUCUCGACUGAACAGGACGACAUCUCGCUUCGAGUGAACCUAGUGCCACAUUUUGGGCAAUGGGGUAGCUCAAGAACCACCGCAGAGCACAUGAAGACAUGAUUGCUUCGCUUGGACUUUUUUCAAUUGUAUAUAUAACAACGACCUGUUGGUUUUCGUGUACAAUACCGGCGUGGACUUUGGAUCCAAAGACUUCUCUUUACUAGGUAGUUACGAACGGCCGUGCCGCAAGUAUACUAGAUGAAUGGAAAGGGCGGGCCAAAAAGGUCCUGCUGAUCACAUUAACGCACAUCUCCCCC